CAUAUCUUUUUUGUUAGUGUAAGAAAUUUUGUAUGUAAAAUGGCAGAAGAUGUAGAAUUAUUAUUGACUUUAUAUGAUGGUAGAGAAAUGAAAGCAAUUACUGAAAAUUAUGUAGUAUCAUGGAGUAAGGAAGGACUUGCAAGAGAUAUAGAUCAACUUCACAACCUUAGAGUUUUAUUCACAGAUCUUGGCUCUAGAGAUUUAGCCAAAGAUAAAGUUUAUUUAGUUUGUUAUGUAAUUAGAGUAGGAGGCAUGGAAGCUAAAGAUACUGAUCACAGACGUUCAAGUGUAGCACAAACUAAUCAAAAAAUAAAAAAUACUGAAAAUAUGAGAAGACCAUUUGGUGUAGCAGCAAUGGAUAUUACCUCAUAUAUUAAUGGUAAACUUGAAGGUGAUUCAGAUCAUCAUCACUUUAUUCCAUUUGUACAAUGUUGUGAGAAAGAAAGUUUGGAUGGUACAUUACGUAGAAUUCUUUCCCAAAAAGAAACAAAUAUUCAAAAAAAUAGUAAUGGAAAUAGUGGCAGCUUUGCUGGUGGUCAGGGUUUAUGGACUAGCUUAAAGUUGCUUGGGGGAGAUCCAAAGCAAGUACGGGAUGAGAAUCCACAUUUAGUACUUGGUAAUGUUGCUAUUGCAAGAAAAAUGGGAUUUCCAGAAGUUAUUUUACCAGGUGAUGUGAGAAAUGAUUUGUAUCUCACAUUGAUUAGUGGUGAAUUUAAUAAAGGAUCAAAAUCUACAGACAAAAAUGUUGAAGUUACAGUUAAAGUAUGCAAUGAAUUUGGUGUACCAAUACCAGGAGUUAUUACAUUGGGUGGUGGGGCUCUAUUAAUUGAUGAAUAUCAUAGUGUUAUUUAUUAUCAUGAAGAUAAGCCUAGAUGGUGUGAAACAUUUAAAAUUGCUGUACCUAUUGAAGAAUUUAAACAAGCUCAUUUGAAAUUUACAUUUAAACAUCGUAGUUCAAAUGAAGCAAAAGAUAAGUCUGAGAAACCUUUUGCUUUAAGUUAUGUUAAAUUGAUGCAACGUAAUGGAACAACUUUGCAAGAUAUACAACAUGAAUUAUUAGUUUACAAAUUAGAUCAAAAGAAAUAUGAAGAAACUGACAUUUCAUAUUUGAAAUUGCCAUCAACAAGGGGUGAAUUG